GCAUUCAAACAUUACACACAAUGACGUGUCACUGCUUUUUAAAAUAAUGGGUCUUAAUUUUAAUAAAUGUGAUUAACGAAGCUAAACUGCCACAUCACUGUGUGUAAUGUUUGAGUGUAUAUUUUUAGUACAUAUAUCAUUACUCCUUAAUUCUAAUUUUAAUAUCUGAAACAAACGUCACCUAAAUGUUUAUAUUUCGACACUAUAGUGCUGGCAUGCAAUUUUGUUUCAAAAUUUGCGAGAUAAUAGGCUAUAUGGCCAGAUGAACAAUAUACUCAUAGCUCACAAACUAAAGAUUUUGUCACAUAUCUGAGUUGGUGAUUUGUAUAUGUUAGCAACAUAUAUGCCUAAGCCAUUUUUUUGGCUUCUUAUCUGGUCUAUAAAUGGUCAUUCACCUUAAAUAUAUACUACCAUUAAGCAUAUGAGAAAAUCACCCCCAAAAAAGGAAGGCAGUUACAUUGGUUUAGCCUCUAUAUUAUUUCUAAAGAUCUGGUCAAACAACUAAUAUGGUUCUCUAACUUGUCUUUUUGCCUUAAACUAUCCAAAAAAAUGUUCCAAAAGAGAUGGAAACCCCAUCACGUGUCCUAAAAAUACAAUACCAUUAACCUUUUCCACUCAUUAAUUUAUUUCAUUUUGAGCCUUUAAUCUUUAUUCAACUUGACCUGUACAAGUACAGGGCAAAGGGUGGCUAAAUUUUGUAGAGUUCAUCAUCAUAUCUCAAUUUUCUGAGAUAUAGAGAGAAAGAACUCCUCCUGUGGUUUCUCACUGAACGUUUCAUCAUCUCUUGUAUUUUGAUAUUAUAUUAUCAUUAUUGAUCUUUCUCUGUUGAGCUUCUGAGGUUUAACAGCACAAAGAAAGACAAACCACAAAAAAAUGGCGUUCAGUGGAACCCAACAGAAAUGUAAGGCUUGUGAUAAGACUGUUCAUUUCAUUGACAUGUUAUCAGCUGAUGGAGUUAUCUAUCACAAGACUUGCUUCAAAUGCAGUCACUGCACUGGCCUUCUUGUGAUAAGCAAUUACUCCUCUAUGGAUGGAGUCUUGUAUUGCAAGCCUCACUUUGAGCAACUCUUCAGGAAAACUGGUAGUUUCACCAAGAAAUUUCAAUCUGGAAAGCCACCAACCGAACAACUGGCCAGGGCCCCUAGCAAGCUCUCAUCCAUGUUCUCUGGAACUCAAGACAAAUGUGCAGUCUGCAGCAAAACAGUAUACCCACUGGAAAAGGUCACUGUGGAGGGAGAAUUUUACCACAAGUCAUGCUUCAGGUGCAAUCAUGGGGGUUGCUUCCUGUCAACAUCAUCCUAUGCUGCUUUGGAUGGAAUCCUUUACUGCAAGCACCACUUUGCCCAGUUAUUCAAGGAGAAGGGAAGCUAUAAUCACCUCAUUAAAACUGCUUCAAUGAAGAAAAAUGGAGUUUUAUUAGCAGAAAAUAACCCUGAGAUAAUAGCAAAAACAAAAGCUGAAGCAGCAGAAGUAAACCCCAAUGAGGAUUCAGUCCAAACAUGAAAUCAAUCCAAUAAAAAAAAAAAGGAAGACAAUCAGCUUGGUUUAAUAAUUUUGGUUUGAUAUUUUCCCAUAUGUAGCAAUGUUUUCCCAUUUUGUUUUGUACAAGUUGUUGCUAUAUGAAUGGGUCCUGGGCUUCACUUCCAUUUAGCUUGAAUUUUCAA